UUAUCAUGUGUAUUGGUGGUAAGGGUGACUGUGUGUGUGCGUGUGAUGUUGUUGUCUCUACACCACACACACACACACCGGGCGACGUGGCGGUUCUACUCAGGUGUUCUGCUCAGAUCAUCAGGUGAGCUUGGAACAGACAGACCUCCUGCCCUACAGUGAUCAUGGCCACCAGCAGUAAGUCUGAAGGAGGACCACCACCAGCGGCCACCAGACCCGCCCCAGACGUCCCUCCUACACCCUCCACCAGCGACACAGAUCUCCUGCUGACAUACUCUGAUAAUCCUCCAAGGUACUCCUCCAUCGACCCUGCCUGGGAUGUCCUACAAGGAGAGGCUUCGACAGGCCAGACAGCAGCUACGACGCCGCCUCAUCCACCCUCUGUAGGUCCUGUCCCCGUGGUGGUCUGUCAUCCUCCCUCCACCCACACACCGCCCCUCAAUCCCAACUCCAGAUGGUGGUCGUGGGUACCGGGUCCAGCCCAGUACUUCCCGCCUGGCCUUGAACACAUGACUGACGCGACCGAACUGACCAUCAAGAAGAAAGGGAGGACGUACAGGGUGAUCCAUAAUGAACAUCAGAUCUACAUCGUCAGGAGGAAGAAGGAUGGGUUUGGGGGAGUCAAUAUUAAGAUUCUCAACAACGCCAACCUCGAGGUGCUCAUCCUUAACAGAACCCUGGAGGCCGCGAGGUGCUGCUCCUCCACUACGCACCUGGAGGUAAUGUUCCCGCCAGGUAACAUGGUGGGCGUGGUCCAGGGCAACAAGAGUGAGUUCUCCGUCCACAACCCUUCAGGUGAUCUGGUGUUCCUGCUGGAAGUAGAACCUGUAGGCUGCUGCAGGAAGGCCGACUACCAGGUGGUGACGAAGGAGAGGUUCACCAUAGGUCGUCUCACACAUCAGAAGACCUCCAUGAUCAGAGGACGGAAGGGCAUGGCGGUAACCUUUCCUGCCAACAUGGAGAUCCGCAACAAGGCUCUGGUCCUUGCUGCGGCUCUGUCUAUUAGAGACAGACACUGGUAAUUGGGACGACUCACCUGACCCUCACCUCACCACCCUCUAAGUGAACACCUGAGUAACAAAGGUUCGUAAGAUAAAUAAUCCUCGUAAGUGAUGAUAUAAGAAUGUACUUAACUGUCUGACUUACGAUAAAUAAUGAAAAUAACACAAAAUAAUUAAAAAUAAACUUAAAUUUGAUCUUAUGGGGAAUAUUUAACCUACGAAUUAAAGGUGAAUCUGCUCAUUAAUUAGUUCAUUAUACCGUCUUAGAGUUAUAUAAUGCUAUGUAAUUAUAAGGAAUUUAUCAGAUUUCUAUAUUCAUUUACAAAUACUUAGAAUAUUUCCUAUAAGCUGUGAUUAUACGUAUAUUAAGAUUAUAGGAAGCUGUUUGGUUAUUGGGUAUAUCUAUCACAGUUAGUAGAUGUUAAUAAGUGUUUCUCUUCUCUUCGUGAGUCAGAGAGAACAAGUGAGAGAUGAGAGAAGGGGAAUGAAAGUAUAGAGAAAGAGAAAAGUGAAUAGUGUUGCUGUUAAUUGUGGUCUACUACUACUACUAUUACUACUAUUACUACUACUCACCUUAAUCCCACCUAGUUGGGAGUUUAAUUAAGCUACCCAGGUAAACCGGACACCUGUCUACUGCACUGGCUAACAUAUUGAAUGUAUAAUGAAAUAAAGUGUAUAAUAACCUGA